AUGCCCGAAGAGAAGCAGGGUAUACGCGGCUUGUUCUCAAAAGCUCUCCGGCCCAAGAAAUCCCGGCAAGUCCUGCGCAAGCAGAUUAGCGCCUCGACAACGGCCUCGACGACCCUCUCCACAACCACCACCCUAACCAACAACGAAGAUGUGCCUCCCGUGCCGACGCUCGCACCCCUUGCAGCUCACAAUGAAAAGUAUCGGCAAGUGCAUGCUCAGCAGGAUACCCAACUAGGCGAAGCCCUCGACCACACGACCGUUAUCCAUGCCAUUGGCAUACAAAACUUCGACACCGACAGCGAUGCCGAUAAUAUCUAUGGCCGCGAUACCCGGCCACCGGGCGAACCGCUCAUUGCCAGUCUUCCGGACGACCUUUGGAUGCUAAUCGCCGGACAACUCUCCCCGGCAGAUGGCGCCCGACUCGCCAUUUCCAGCAGAACCCUCUACGCCCGCCUCUACCCAUACCCCUGGCGCUGGCUCAACGAGCCCGAGCAUACCGACGAGCGCGCCGACUUCCUCGUCUCCCAGGACAGAUACUAUCCGCACCACCUCCUCUGCUUCCCCUGCGGCCGGUUCCACCUCCGAACACAAGAAGGCCGCGAAACCCUCCAACCUGCCAAAGUCCUGAACCCCCUCUUCGACUGCCCUAAUGUUCAUAAUAAUCUCCGCCCUCCUCCCCGUCACCGCAUCACCCACGGCCGCACAAUCCCCUUUACAUUCGUUCAGCUUGCCACCCGCCCAUACCGGUUCAAAUCUCCCAUCUACGGCCUCUCAGAUCCGACUUUAUCCCUCAGUCGCCGCUGGCGCCGCGACGAUUGGUCUCAUCAAUCCCGCUUCCACGUACAUAAUGGCCGUCUUCUGAUGCGGGUAACAUCUCAGACGUUCGCCGAACCAGGCCUUCCUCCCUCCUCGCAACGGAUGCUCCUAUACUCCCGCGAAGACUACUGGCCAUAUUUCUCCGCUUGCGCGCACUGGCGCGAUGGCGAUCUGAUGUCUGCCGCCAAAUGCGCGCUCGGACACAUUCCUGUUUCCCGACGUACAGAAGGGCUGCAGGGUCUCGAGCACCGCGUCAAAGACAUGGCGCAUCGUCACGUGCAUAACCCUAACGCCAUAGCGACCCUCUGCGGCCACUGCCGCCCCAUGCGCCGCUGCCCGGACUGCCCGUCGGAAUACUUGAUCGAGGUCAAGCUCACGGAACAGCGUGAGGCAGGCGUGCAGUCGCGGUUCCGGCACGCCAUUGUCGUCACGCGCUGGUGUGAUCUGGGUGAUGGGUCCAGUCCGCGGCUGUCUAAGGAGUGGGCGGCGUGUAAUGGGGAGCUGGAGGGGUAUGAUUCUUUCCAGGUUUUAGGGAGACGGGCCAUAUCGGGCAUCUUUGAAUCGGCAUUUACGGAUGAGACGAUUCCCGGCCAGAGGAUCAUCUCCAUGAACCCGACGGGCAAGAGACUGGGCGAGGAAGGGAAUAGUUGGUAUUGA